GUCCCGCCAUCUGCAUCUGCAGCUGCAUGAAUACCUAAAUCUAUCGACCCCAUUCAACCCACUACACUUCUACACCCUAACCCUCCACUCGCCCCAGCAGGUAUCCCCAUACAUUUCCUGUCCAUUGCCCUCCUGUCGCAGUCACGAUCUUUCAAAAUGAGUGAUUUCGCUCCGCCAUCCGGCCCACCUCCACCGAAGGUACCGGAAGGAUACAAGGCAGUGUGGAAUGAGCAAUAUAGCGAAUGGUUCUACGUCAACAUAUAUACAAAGAAGUCGCAAUGGGACAAACCGACAGAACCCGUCUACCCGCCCGGCGAGGCUCCUGAUGCUCCUCCCGCUGGCGCCCCACCAUCAUAUGUCGCAUCGAAUACGUCUCAAUCAACGCCUGCGACGGAGAAGAGCCAUCUAGCCAGCAACAACCCCUACGCGAGCACAAACAACACCGGACAGAGUAUGAGCGAAGACGAGCGACUCGCAAGGCAGCUACAAGAGGAGGAGCAAAACCGAUCUCAGAGCCACGGCCUGCCUCUCAACAGGGGAGAGUCUGGCAGCUACUACGGAAACAGCCCUCAACCUCCUCAGAGCCAGACACCAGGAGGAAGCAUGUAUCCACCGCAGAACGCAACGAAUAUGUAUCCGUCUCAAGAUCGGGGGAAAUCAAAGAGCUUCUUGGGAAAGCUACUCGGCAAGUCUAGUGGAGGAUCAAGUGGGCACGGCUAUCCGCCCCAGCAGCAGGGUUACGGCCAGCCACAAUACGGCGGAUAUCCACCUCAAGGCCAGUAUCAGCAGUACGGCCAGCCUGGUGGGUAUGGCCAGCCAGGCUACGGAGCUCCAUAUGGUCAGCCGUACGGGCAACCGAUGUAUCAGCAGCAGCAGCCAGGGCGCCGUCCGGGAGGCGGGGGGAUGGGAUUGGGUGGAGCCGCCUUGCUCGGAGGAGGUGCAGGUUUAUUGGGUGGUAUGGCGCUCGCGGGCGCUGCCGACGCAGGAGAUAGCGGCGACACUUACAUCGAGAACAACAACUACGGGGACGACGGUGGUUUUGACGAUGGCGGCGGCUUCGAUGGCGAUUUCUAGUCUUUUCGAUCUGGUUGUCUGGGGGGUUGGUAUUGUGGUUAGAUUCCAUCUGCUUCAUUGCGACAUUUUCAAGUACAUAGUCAUCUAAUCUUCGAGUAAUCAUUUAUUCGAGCGUAUUUACUGCUACCUGAAAAAGUUUACUGGAGUGUAUUUGCUUGGGUUCUUCGUAAAUGGCCUGAUUUCCUACCUCUUCUGCCUCAUUUGUUCCUUCCUCUUUGCAGAAUAUCUAGCAGUCAUCUUGGAAGAGAUAGGAGAAUGCAUAUUCCGAUCUUAGCAAUUGCCUAGCUAGAACAUGAC